AUGAAGGAGAUCACGAAACGAUUAUGUGCUGUCGCUGCUACUCGCCUUCCAGGAUGGGGACCGCGUGAUGCACACUGUGCCUGGUUGGAAACACUACAAGAUAUGGUUGCCAACCGAUGUCAGUGGAGUUUUUGUUGUCUGUUUCUAUCCAGAUCGCUCAAAUGGAUGCUUUUAAAUGAAUCGCGGUUAUACGGCAGUGAAGCAUCGUUGUUGAAAACUGAUGACAUGCUGUCGAUUAUGAUGCUGAUGGAGAUGCAUACACCACCAAGUCAGACACCCAUGAAGUUGACAUUGCGAAUGCUACCGCUCACGUAUACUGCUCCACGCUUGCUGUUCAGAAUUCAUUCUCCUGAUAUUCUCAGGCCCUUAAUGUGGGCACUUCAUGGCAAAUCGGUCAACAAGAUGCUACUACGUUCACUCUGGAUACUCCGUCGGUUGUCUGUUGCAACUUUCAAACUCGCUGCCGAGAGUACUGCACCCUGUCUAACUAGACGCUACACACUAGAAAAUCUGAGUGAUGCAGAAACUUCUGCAUCAGUCACCGCAAACGAUUGCAUGGUUUUGUGUAGCCGAGCCAAAGCUGACUGGGUUCAUGUAAGCAUUCGACUCUGUGCUGUCCCAAUUUCUCCUUCGAAAACAAAACUUGUCCAACUAAUCAGCUCCAUUUAUUGA